AUGAACGCCAUCCCCCAAUCCUCGGCGGUCUUACUCGCCAAUGUAUUGAUUCCUAUAGCCGUGAUCUUCUUCUCCGCAGGCUUCUUCCCCUACAAACCUCUUCUACCUGGACUUGCAAGCCAUGAGGGGAGGAGGAAAGAUGAAAUUCCACCGAGAGUGUUCGACAAAGUCAUCUUUAUGGUGAUUGAUGCACUGCGCAGUGACUUUGUUUAUUCGAACAGCUCUGGAUUUUCAUUUACCCAGGGCUUGAUUCGGGCCGGCGCUGCGCUGCCCUUCACUGCUUAUGCUAGCUCCCCUACCGUCACAAUGCCUCGACUUAAGGCUAUAACGACAGGCUCCGUGCCCUCGUUUUUGGAUGUGAUUCUUAACAUCGCUGAAACAGACACUUCAUCCACACUUGCCCACCAAGACACGUGGUUGACGCAGCUAAAGGCCAAUGGUGACAAGCUUGUCAUGUAUGGCGAUGACACUUGGUUGAAGUUGUUUCCGGGAAUGUUUAGCAGAGCCGACGGAACUACAAGUUUCUUUGUGUCGGAUUUUACUGAAGUAGACAACAAUGUGACCCGCCACAUACCAGAUGAACUUCUGCGUAACGACUGGUCCGCCCUCAUCCUUCACUAUCUGGGGUUGGAUCACAUAGGACAUAAAUCUGGCCCUAGAAGUCCAUUUAUGAUACCCAAGCAACAGGAGAUGGAUUCGGUUGUCACUCAGGUCUACACAGCGUUAGAACGGGAAGAGCACCUUAAAUCUGCUCUCUUUGUUGUUUGUGGAGACCAUGGGAUGACGGAUGCAGGCAACCAUGGAGGUUCAUCUGUAACCGAAACCUCGCCGGCAUUGCUCUUCAUAUCACCAGCGUUCAAAAAGAUGGGGAUUCGCAACGAAAGCCCAGCAGAACCCGCCAGCGAUUUACAAUAUUAUCGGACCGUUGAGCAGACAGAUAUAACACCAACUUUGGCUGGACUUCUUGGUCUCCCAGUUCCCAUGAAUAACUUGGGCACAUUCAUUCCCGAGCUUCUGCAGAUGUGGCACGGCAGAUCACAACGAAUUCACAUGCUCAUGGAAAAUUCCAAGCAAAUGCUUCAAGUAGUCAAGGCAGCGUUUCCAGGCCACACAUUCAAACCUGAAUCGAUGCCCCCGUUGUGCAGCCUUGAGCCGUCAAAGGGUAUUGAGGAGGUUCAAUGCGCUUGGUCUCGUGUGCUCGCUCCUGAUGGCGCUUUCGGGGACGAUGCGGAGACCAGCCUUUUGUCAUUUUUGAGAGGUGCCCAAACCUUGAUGAGCAGCGCUGCCAGUGAUUAUGACAUUAAAAGUCUUCACAUAGGCAUGUGUGUUACUGGUGUUGCUGUCUGGCUGUCCUUCGCCCCGCUUCAGGGUCUUCUCUGCAAAUACAAACGUCCCGGGACAUUCCUCUUAUUCGCCAUCUCAAGCUACGGCGGUAUGAUGUUUGCAAGUAGCUAUGUCGAGGAAGAGCAGCAGUUCUGGUAUUGGUUAUGUGUGGGGUGGAUCUUCUUUUUAUAUACCAAACCCUUUAGCGCUGCUCUCGGGGGCUAUAAAUCCCAACACAAAUCAACUGGCGUCUUGUUCGCCAAGCUUGGUGUUAUUGGACUGGCGGCUUCUCACCGAAUAUUGCGACGGUGGAACCAAACUGGCCAAAAGUUCGCUGCCGAACCUGACGUUGCACGCGCAUUCUUACCUUCCCAUCCACAUAUCCUGUGGGCCUUGGUGAUUUUGACAUAUGUGGAUGUUUGCCUCCAUCUUGUUUCUGGCUUUUCUCGAUCAGUAACGUGGGCCGUCAUGGUGUUUGUGGUGGUAGUGGCAGCGUUUCUUUUCAAACUUGCCUCCGUGGCAUCGGAUUCAUUUGAAUUGCUCAGUGGCUCUGUCCUAGAGCCCAUGGCCAGGCUUGUCGGUGGUAUACCGCUCGUUUUGCAUGCGAGAUUUGUCGACUGUGGAAUAUUCCUACUCGUGGCUGGUGCGAUGUACCUUCGGAAGACGUCGGGGCCCUCGCAACCUCGGAAAGGAUCAGGGCCGAGCACCAUUGUUCACGAAGCUUUAACUCUCUUGCUUGUGACACAGUCGAGGAUAGCCAAUGUCCCUAUCUUUCUAAUCUUCAGGAUUCAACUCAUCAUUCUGGGCUCGGUGGAGCUGCCACCAAUCGAGCUGGCCAUCAUGUCAAUACUCAUGCAAUAUACCACUUAUUUCGCCUUUGGGGGCUCUAAUGCAAUAUCGUCAGUCGACUUAUCUAACGCAUAUAACGGCAUUGGAAGUUACAAUGUUGUGUUCGUCGGUAUCCUGACCUUCAUAGGCAAUUGGGCUGGCCCGAUUUGGUGGACAUCGGCGAGUUGGCUACUCCGAAGAAAACAGUCUCGAAAAGAAAAGCAGUCUCAUGUAACGAUCCUCACAUUCCACACGGCAACGAUGUUGCUCUCGGUCAUGGCCGCCUGCACAUUCUUGAGAACACAUCUCUUUAUUUGGACGGUUUUUUCGCCCAAAUACCUUUACACCACAGUUUGGGCCAUUCUUUACCAUAUGGCUGUGAACUUGCUAGGGGAACUCACCUUCCCUGUAGUUACAUGA